AUGGAUCCAGGUUGUUCUGAUUUUUCUCCCCUGUGUAUUACUGUUGAAGAUAAUGAGGGUAAAUAUCCAAAGCCUUUCAAGUUUCUAAAUCACUUAGCUGAGUAUAAAGACUUUCUGUCCAAAGUUAAUGAAUCAUGGCAAGGGAGUAAUGGCAUAAAUAUCAUGAAGGAUGUCUGGCAUAAACUGAAAAAGGUGAAGCAAGCUAUGAAAGAUCUGAAUAAAGCAGAAUAUAGUGCAAUAGAUGUAUCUAAAGAGGAAGUAUACCAGGCACUGCUAGGUAUCAGUGACAACAAAGCACCUGGUUGUGAUGGAUUCAAUGCAAUCUUUUUAAAGAAGGCUUGGUUUGUGAUUGGAGACAAGGUUACAGAUGCAGUGAUGGAAUUAUUUACAAGUGCUAACCUCUAUCAGCCUAUCAAUUGCAAAACAGUUACUCUUAUGCCAAAGGUGAAAAACUCUUCUAGAAUUACGGAAUACAGACCAAUAUCAUGUUGCACCCUACUAUACAAAAUUAUCUCUAAGGUGAUAACCAACAGAUUACAAGGUAUAAUGGAUGACAUAGUCGAUAAGAAUCAAUCUGCGUUUAUACCUGGAAGACUGAUAAAUGACAACAUAAUAUUGAGCCAUGAACUAGUUAAUGGUUAUGGCAGGAAAGGCUUAUCCCCAAGAUGCAUGCUGAAAGUUGAUUUGAAGAAGGCUUGUGACUCUAUUGAAUGGGACUAUAUGGAGCAAGUUCUAACGAAUUUGCAAAUGCAUGGAAGAUUUGUUCAAUGGAUGAUGAAAUGUCUACUAUAUCAAUGCUUUCAAGGAUUCUCUCAUGCUUCUCGCUUAGGUGCGAAUGCUGACAAGAGUUCUAUCUUCUUUGGGGGAGUCAGGGAUGAGAUUCAACAGGAAAUACUACAAGUGUUAGGCUUCUCUAAAGGGUCUCUACCAGUGAGAUACCUGGGAGUGCCUCUGAGUACUAAAAGGCUAUCAUUGGUACAAUGUCAACCACUGAUUAAGAAGAUGCUAGGGAGAAUACAAUCAUGGACUGCCAGAUUUCUGUCAUAUGCAGGAAGGAUCCAACUGAUUAAGAGCGUACUAUUCUCCAUACAAGUGUUUUGGUCACAGGUCUUUAUGCUGCCUAAGAAAUUGAUCCAACUAAUAGAGAGUACGUGCAAAAGGUUUUUAUGGACUGGAGGGGUGGAGGUAACCAAAAAUGCACUGCUGGCUUGGGAUAGAUUAUGCUGGCCAAAAGCAGCAUGGGGAUUGAAUACACUGGACAUAGGCAUAUGGAAUAGAGCAACCAUCUGCAAACUGUUAUGGAAUUUAUGCAAGAAGAAAGACAAAAUGUGGAUACAAUGGGUCCACCUAUACUAUAAGAGAUACACUUCUAUUUGGGGCGCUGAGCCAAAGCAAGCAUCGUGGGUGGUCCAGAAGAUACUAAAAGCAAAGAAACACUUUGAGGAAGCUGGGCACUCAGAAGAAGAGGUGCUUAGAAUGGAAAAAUUCUCAAUCAAGGCUAUGUACUUGAAACUUAGAAGUGACUUUACAAAGGUAACAUGA